AUGCUCUUCACAUCUCUCGCCGUUGCCACCCUCUCCGCUGUUGCCAGCGCAAAGACCAUCCGCAUCGACGUCGGCAUGAGUGGUCUCACCUUCAGCCCCAACGACAUCAAGGCCAGCGUCGGCGACAUUCUCGAGUUCCACUACUACGCCAAGAACCACAGUGUUGUUGCUGCCGACUUUGCUACUCCUUGCAAGCCCAAGGCUGAGGGCGGCUUCUACUCUGGUUUCUUCCCUACCGCGUCUGGCGAGAACGAGAACGUCUUCCAGGUCGAGGUCAACAACACCACCCCCAUCUGGUUCUACUGCUCCCAGACCACCGGCAACCACUGCGGUGCCGGCAUGGUUGGUGCCGUCAACGCCAACGCCUCCUCCCCCAAGACGUUCGACACCUUCAAGGCUGCUGCCCAGAAGAUCACCACCAACGAGUCUCCCAGCACCGGUGUCUUUGGUGGCAAGAUCCUCUCUGCUGCCUCUGCUACCAAGUCCGGCGGCAGCAGUGCCACCAGCGGUGCCCCUGCUGCGGCCUCCACCACCAACGCUGCUGCUACUCUUGGCUCCGUCAGCGGCAUGGCCAUGGCCAUCGUCGGCGCUGCCGUUGCUUUCGCCAUCUAA